GGACUGGUGGCAGAUCCGGUCUGUGGAGAGACACCUCUAGGGUUUGUUUUCUGCUUAACAAAAUGGAUCGAUUUGGGAAGCACAGCAAGUCUGGAUUUGUCAGGACUCGGAUUCCUAGACCCCAGGUUGCAUUGCAGCCAAUCCAGUCUUCUGGCUAUGCAGAUGUUUGCAGCAUCAGAAAUUGCCCUUGCAAAAUGAGCCGCUUUGCUCGGAAAUGCUCCUUGGAGCCGCUGCAGUCUGAGCGUCGGCAUUCCAGGUCAGAUUCAGCAGGCAAUCUGUCAAUGGAUACUUUUUGGCUAGAGGUGGAAAGCAUCAAAGAGAGCACCGAAUCUGAGCCUGAAGAGUGCAGUUUUACAGACGUCAAACCCCAAGAAGAGGGGGAAGCGGAAGCCGAAUGGCUGCAAGAUGCUGGGCUGUCAGACUUGAUUGCCGACUGUGCCACAGAGAAUGGCAAUAUCGUCCUGCUUUCCACUUUGACCAAGACCCAAGCUGCGGCUGUGCAACGACGACUCGAUACUUACACCCGUUCUCGGCGAAAGAAGAACAAGCAGCCUGUCCGUGAUGUCCGAGACAUCUUUGGAGUGGUUGGUUCUGGGGAGACUGCACCAGAACUGGCCUCAGAAAUUGAUCGGUUGCAACACAGAUCUACGUCAUCCAACAACAAUCAGAAAUCAGAUACAACAGGAGUCCCAGACUUCCCAUCACCAUUGAGAGGCUCUGGACAAGAAGAAAUAUUCAGCACCGAAAUUGCUUAUUCGGAGCAAGCAGCUAUCCUACUCAAAGGCUCGUUCCCAAGGGAAUCCAGACGGAUCAAGGAUGAGAGUUCUUUAACUAAAUUUAAGAUCCCCAAGGGCAGGCUGGGAGUGACCAGGAUAGGAGAUUUGUCACCCCAGGAUAUGAAGAAGAUCCCCACGUUAGCAUUCAUCGAGCUAACUGCGCUUUGUGAUGUCCUAGGAUUAGAGCUGAAGAGAAACAAGGCAGUAAAAUGGAAGGCAACAGAGAACAGGCUCUUUGGAGUUCCACUUGCCACUCUGCUAGAAAAUGAUCAGAAACUCUUCCCAAAUACCAAAGUUCCAUUGAUUCUGCAAGCAUUGUUAUCAUGUUUGGAAAAGAAGGGACUGGACACAGAAGGAAUCCUGAGAGUCUCAGGAUCACAGACCCGCAUUAAGAGUCUGGAACGAAGGCUAGAAAGCACCUUCUAUUCUGGUAUUUUUCAAUGGGAUGAGGUCCAUCAGAAUGACGUGUCCGGCUUGCUGAAGAGGUUUAUUCGGGAACUUCCAGCUCCUUUGCUGACAGCAGAAUACUUGCCUGCCUUUGCAGCUGUUCAAAAUAUCCCAGACUUGAAACAGAGGUUGCAAGCUCUAAAUCUGCUUAUCCUGAUUUUACCGGAGCCAAACCGAAACACCCUAAAGGCUCUGUUGGAAUUCCUGAGGUUGGUGGCUUCCAGAGAGAAAAAGAACAAGAUGUCUCUUUGGAAUGUUUCCACGGUCAUCGCUCCAAACCUCUUCAUGCACAAAGGGCUGCGGAACAAGAUCCCAGAAGGGAAGGAAAAACAGCUGGCAGAAGGGGCAGCAGAUAUUGUGCGGAUGAUGAUUCACUAUCAGGAUUUGCUCUGGACUAUAUCGUCUUUCUUGGUCACCCAAGUACGGAAACUGAAUGAGAGCAGCAGCCGGAAGUACCAGUUCUAUGACAGGAGGAUCAAAAACCUGUUGAGGAAGAUUCACACGGACAAAGAAAAGACAGAAAAGAACCAUGCGGAACCGUCCAAAGUAGUGAAAGUCCAAGCUUCCCUGUUCCUGAAGGACUCUCUGGAGGUUCACUUAAACAAUGGCACCAAAGCAGCUGACGUUCUGCGGCAGUUCCAGAAGCACCUCUGCCAGAAUGGCUGGAGUAUUGUCAACACUGUCAACCUCAUCAAAUGCGGUGGAUCAGUAGAUUCAAUGAACUUGCUCCUGUACGAAGUUGGAGGCAAUAUAAAUGAGCAUUGUCUGGACCCAGAUACAUACCUGUUAGACCUGUAUCAUGUGAAUCCUCAUGCAGAAUGGAUUAUAAGGCAAAACCCAUCCUUUCCACGAAAACUCUAGGAGGCACAUUUGGAGAAAGGAAUCUAGCCAAACACUCUGUGGAACCCAGUGAUCAAGGAAAAUAUCAGGCUUAGUGUAUGCUGAAGAAAUUGUAAUAAAUCAGUCAAUUGAUUGAAUGGAAAAAGUACCUGUUCUUUUAAACUUCCAUAUCAGCUUGUAGGCAAUUCCAGAGAUCUUUAGGUUAGCAGAAUGUAUGUGGUAUUUAUAACUGUAAAAAUGGAUUUCCAAGAACAACUAGUAAACAGAAACACAUCCUUCAGGAAACUGAUGAGGAUCAUAUAACAGAUUUGAUUCAUUUACUGGAGAGACUUCAUAUCAGAUGAAGGAGAUAUCAGGCUCAUAGCCAUUUAACAGUUUGUAUUUUUAUUACAAAGUUACUUGCCUGCUUCCUGAAGGAAAAAGACCUGUAAGGAUGUAUGCUGUUGUACAUUUUCUGUUGUUUCUGGAAGGGUUUAGGUGACAAUAAAACUAUGCAGUGCAGGGAAACAAUUUUGGGAAUUUUGUGUUCAGAAUGCCGCUGUCCAGGUUAGUGGUGCUGAAGUAUCAAACACAACAAUAGAUGUGGAAUGUCAUCUUCUCUCAGAGAUUCUAAUAUUACUGUUCAAUGUAUAUGCAGUUUUGCCAUGACAUUAAAACAAAUCUACAUCAGUUUUGUACUUGGCCACACUAAGCCACCUCAGUAUUAUUCCUCUUUAGACUCUAGCUUGAAAUUGGAUUUUACAUCCUGUCUAGCAUUUUAGGUGAAUAUUUAACCUUUAUUUGCUUUCUACUUGUAAUGAAUUUUUUUCCUAAUGAAAUUCCAAGUAGAAGCAUUUUACAUCAUGCCCUUAAGUUUUUUAAUGCAUAAAAGCUAAUUUGUAAACACCUGAGCCAUAUGAUCUUAUUUUUCAUGUCUUUCAUAUUAUUUUGAUAUUGAAUUUUUUAAAGUGCUGUGUUUGUCAGAAUAUUUAUCAAAAACCUGUUUGCGCAGGUGGUCCAGAAAAUAUGAUGUGAAUGUUUAUUUGGAGGUUAAUGUCCUUUUCUCCAUUUCCUUACUUUUUAUGUCCUUUUAAAAAGCUAAAAUAAACAUCUUAAUGUGUAAAGCGUUUGUCAAAAGUGACAGUUCUAGGCGCUCUGUACUAAGCAUUCAGCAUCUGAAAUUUUGAGUCUGUUUUGCUUUUGAAUGGUCAGUAUGUGAUGCCUCCUUAAAUCUGUUAUGCUAACUACUUACAGAAAGGUGUGCCUACAAGCACUGCACCCUCUUCAAAAUAGAAUAUCAGCUAUGGAUUGCUGCUAAUGUCAGAAGAACAAAAUCAGUGUGCUGCUACUUUAAACGUAUUUAUAUACAUACACAUACUGCUGGAAGCAUGUUCUUUGGGUGGUGCAGGAUUUAGCACAGCCCAGUUAACAAAGGUUUCCAGACAGGGUAACUAAGCAUUAAUGCAAAUAUUCUAAUCCAUUCUUUAGGCUGUGAGAAAGAUUUUGCAUCUUCCAAGUAAGUUUUAGCAGAAUAGUUAAACACUCACUGAUACAGGCAACUGCAGUAUAGGGAAAUUGAAGAGCGGACAACUCAGGAAAAGGGGAUUGUCAAUUGGGGUUAAUGUUCUCACUAUUCACAUGAAACACUGGAUGCAUGCAUUAGAAGUCCAAAUGCCCCCUUAAAAAGGAAUUUUAGGAAUGAGUAACAGAAAGCUGAGCAGCACAGUGUGUUGUAAAACUCCACUGGCAGGAGUUAGGGGAUUGAAUACAGAUGGGUUUGAAGCAGGAAAGCAGGCAAAGGUGUGGAGAGGAAGUAACCAUUUUUCUGCCUUCCUUCUUGGCUCUCAGUUCUACCCAGGAAUGGAUAGAUACAGGGAUCCUGCAGCCAUUUAGAACACAAUAGAAAUGGCCUGUUGGUUGACCUAGGCUAAUAAUUUGCAGGAUUCUUGUAUCCAUUUGUUCUAAGGUAUGAUUUCUAAUGCAUGCACCUUUGUGUGUAAUCUGAACUGCCAAUUUAGUUGCCCAUGAAAUCCUAUCAAGAUUGUGUAGAUACAGCUCACUGUAGGCAUACCAAACAAAAGUAAUCUAUGCCAGUGCACUCAGUGCAACAAAAUCUGCAUUGAAGUUGCAACUUUGUGUGGAGCAUGAAGAUCAGCAUAGUGGAGGAAAUAUUUUGGCCCAGUAAGAAAGAAUGCACUCUGUGCCCUGACCAGAUAAUGAUGAAUAAAAUCUAAUAGGUUAGUACUAAUCAGAAGUGCAAGAUUCAGAGCAAAAUUAUGGGACAGUUCAUUGCUUCCUGAAGAAUGAGGACUACUUUGUCCUCAGAAUCUUUUUAAGAGGUUUGUAACCAUGUUCAGUCUGAACAAAGCAAUGGGAACAAAUGAAAAUGACUUCACUGAACAACCUGGAUGCUAACAAACCAACAGCAAAUGAACAUUGUGACAAUUGAUACAAGGGAAUCAAUAAAGGGACUAGAGUUAUAGUACUUGACAUAAAGGACUGUGUAACCUCAUGUCUGUUCAUAAUAUUGAUGUUCUUUGAAUGUGUUUCUCUUCAUGAGAGAAAUUUUGUUGCGAAGGUAAAGCAGGGAGGCACAAAAUGCAACACUAGCUCACUUGAGCUUUUUUAAAAAAAACAGCUUAUGUUAACAUUUUAAUGUGAUAUUUAAAACAGCACAUCAAUAAAGAACUAGACAUAUUUCCAAAA